UGGUCUCAGCAGCGAGCCGCCACGAUGGCGCCUGUGAAUCCCACAGGAGCUAUAGUAGCCGCUGCUGCAAUCUCCAUAGCUAUAGCAUCUUACUAUUAUCUCUCCAAAUCCAAUAAAAAGACCAAGUUGCCCCUAUUUUUCAACAAAAACGACAAGAAGAAGAAAUUAAAACGAAAUGGACUUGUUGAUGCCAUUGGAAACACCCCUUUGAUUCGUAUCAACAGCCUUUCUGAGGCCACUGGCUGUGAAAUUCUUGGUAAAUGUGAGUUUUUGAAUCCAGGAGGGAGUGUGAAAGACAGAGUUGCUGUGAAGAUAAUUGAAGAGGCUUUGGAAGCUGGCAAGCUAAGUCGAGGUGGAGUAGUCACUGAGGGAAGUGCUGGAAGUACUGCAAUUAGUCUUGCUACAGUCGCUCCAACCUAUGGAUGCAAAUGCCAUGUGGUUAUCCCUGAUGAUGCUGCUAUUGAGAAGUCGCAAAUACUUGAGGCCCUUGGAGCAAUUGUUGAAAGAGUAAGACCAGUGUCAAUCACGCAUAGAGAUCACUAUGUCAAUAUCGCUAGGAGACGGGCAUUGGAAGCAAAUGAAUUCGCAUCAAAGCAUAGAAAAGGUGAACAGGUGAAUGGCAAAGAGCUAGAGCAAAUUAAUGGUCAUGGAUCUGAUGAAGCCAAAAAAAGUUCCAUCUUCUCAAGUGAUUGUACCGGUGGUUUCUUUGCUGAUCAGUUUGAAAAUUUAGCAAACUUCCAAGCCCACUAUGAGGGUACUGGGCCUGAGAUCUGGGAACAAACUAGUGGUCAUUUAGAUGCAUUUGUUGCAGCUGCUGGCACGGGUGGAACUGUAGCUGGUGUUUCCAGGUUUCUCCAGGAAAAGAAUCCAGGCAUCAAGUGCUUCCUGGUUGAUCCUCCCGGUUCUAGUUUGUUCAAUAAGGUAACAAGGGGGGUGAUGUACACUAGAGAGGAAGCUGAAGGAAAAAGACUGAAGAAUCCUUUUGAUACAAUAACAGAAGGAAUUGGUAUCAAUAGAUUAACAGAAAAUUUUUUGAUGGCAAAACUUGAUGGAGCUUUUCGAGGCACUGAUAAGGAGGCUGUUGAAAUGUCAAGAUUUCUUUUGAAGAAUGACGGUCUCUUCCUCGGGAGUUCUUCAGCCAUGAACUGUGUAGGAGCUGUACGAGUGGCACAGUCACUUGGCCCUGGUCACACAAUAGUCACCAUUCUUUGUGAUAGUGGGAUGAGGCAUCUGAGUAAGUUUUAUGAUGCUCAGUAUCUUUCCCAGCUAGGUUUGACACCCACUGCAGCUGGACUAGAGUUCCUUGCUAUCAAAUGAGCUUCUAUCGGAGUUAGAAUAGCAUAUUAGCUUUAUUCUUUAGCAAACUUUUUACCGCCUCCACGGACUUGACCAGAAAACUUGUUGAUAAUGCAUUUCUCUGAUGGCAUCAUAGAGGAUCAAGUAAAAUCCAUUCUUUGAAAAUAGGUAUACAUGAUGAUUUUUUUGAGUGGUGAGAUUAUUUUUGACGAUCUACUUUGAAUAUGUAAAACUUCAUAUUAUUUUGGUUUGAUAGAGAAUCAAGAGUGUUAAAUUUUUUCUGUUUCUCUUGCUCAAGGAGAGUACCCAAACUGCAUCUCACCGUAUUAUAGACU